UACGUUCAAUAUAUUCUCAGCUUGUUGCACAGUCAACUUCAAACCCAGCUUCUGUGGUGAAAGCAAAGAAGGUUCGCAAGGGAACUUCAGAAAAUGGCCUUUUACAAGAGUUUCAUUGCUCUAAUUUUCGCUGUUCUUUUUCGUCAUGGAGACAUGCACUCCUGGGUCAGUUGUCCAAGAUCAUUUGACCCUAGUCCGUACCGUGGUGGUAACCAGAUUGGACCCUGUGAGCCAUGGUAUCAUGGCGUUGUGAACCCCGUUAAGGCUGGCGACAGAAUCAAGGUUGGCUGGACUUCGAACAACCAUGGGGGUGGUUUUGUUCGUCUUGCUUUGGUACCAGAGUCUGAAAUGAAUAACCGCGAGGCUUACAAGAGAAAUGUACUCAAGUUCACGUGUUAUGGGCAUGAUCAACGACCUGGUCGUUAUGCGUAUGGUGACUGCAAACAUCCUUGCAAUGCAAGGCCUGGUUGUGAAUAUCAGUCUGAGAGGGAUGAUGUUGAACGCUACGAUACGACUUUAACGAUUCCUUAUAACCUGAAGGACGGUGUGUAUGUUUUGCAAUGGAUCUCUUUGGUCGGUAACAUCAAAGAACCGUACUACAGUUGUGUAAAACUGAAGGUCAGCGGAGGUAAUUCCAACCUCAACUGUCAUUCCAAUGACCCAAUUCCUACGGCAAAAUGUCAUCGCUCAGGUGGGCCUCCCAUGGAUGUAAUCUCAAAAGGAACUACAAGAGGAAAGUUUUGUUUCAGGAAAGAUGGUGUUGGACAUGUUGACGAGAAUGUCCGUCAAGUUCCGAUUAAUGUCGACUGUGACCCGAGGAUUACUUGUCAAUUAUCGAUAUGGGAUGGCUGUAAAAACGAGCUGACUGGUAUAGAGAACCCAUGGAAUCCUCGACAGAAGAAUUGUGGGUCUAUCGUCCCACCCCCUCCCCCCACAUGUAGUGAUGGUAGACAGAACCAAGGAGAAGAGGACGUUGAUUGUGGUGGGCCAAACUGCGCCCCCUGUCCUGAACCAACUGCAAGCAUUGAUGAAUACGCCAAGAAUAUCAAACACAAAAUCGACUCCUCAUGGGCUACCGGAUUUUCGUCCUCAGUCGAAGCAACGGUUAUAAAACGCAUCACCGGCGAUUGGCAGUUGGUCCUGUUCUUUGAUAAUCCUGUAGAAAUAACUUCCAUAUGGGGAGCGAAGAAAUUCUUCGAGAACAAACUGAGCACGGUUUUCAAAUUCCGAGGUUUACCAUGGAACAAGCAUCGUGAAGUUGGUCAAAAAAUCAACAUUGGUUACAAUGCGAUGGUGAAGAAUCCUGGAACAAAACCUCAAUUGCUUACAAUUGAACUUGAAUGCAUUGGUUGUAAAUAAAAAGCAAUCGUUAAUUAAUUGGAAUAAAUAUAUUCAU